CAAAGCUGCACUCCCUCAAAGUUUGACAUCUCCAGCGGCUACAGAAGGAGUUCCGCUCCGCCGCGGCCAUGGACCCUCGGAAACGCACUGGUUUUGUACUGGUUGGAGUUUACCUGUGGGCAACAUUCUGCUAUCAAGUUUGUCAUGGCGGAGUGUACCAGAGAAAGCUGUACCGCGAUCUGAUGGUGAACUACAAUCGACUUGAGAGACCAGUCCAAAACGACUCUGCACCUAUUGUGGUCGAACUGGGCCUCACUUUGCUACAGAUAAUUGAUGUGGAUGAAAAGAACCAAGUGUUGAUCACAAAUGCCUGGCUGCAGCUGCACUGGACAGACAUUUACCUCUCAUGGAACCCAGAGAGCUACCCUGGGGUUCAGAACCUCCGUUUCCCUUCAAAUCUAGUUUGGGUCCCAGAUAUUCUUCUCUACAACAGUGCUGAUGAGAGGUUUGAUGCCACGUUCCAUACAAAUGUGCUGGUCAAUGCUUCAGGAGCCUGUCAGUACAUUCCACCGGGUAUCUUGAAGAGUACCUGCUACAUAGAUGUACGAUGGUUCCCAUUUGAUAUUCAGAAGUGUGACCUGAAAUUUGGCUCCUGGACCCACAACGGCUGGCUGCUGGAUCUCCAGAUGAUGGAAGUUGAUGUUUCUACAUAUAUACCCAAUGGGGAGUGGGACCUUGUUGGUGUACCAGCAAAGCGUAAUGAGCUGUACUAUGACUGCUGUAAGGAGCCCUACCCCGAUGUGACGUUCACAGUCACCAUGCGCCGCAGGACUCUUUAUUAUGGCCUAAACCUGCUCAUCCCCUGUGUGCUCAUCUCUGGUCUGGCACUGUUGGUCUUCCUGCUCCCUGCCGACUCUGGCGAAAAGAUCUCACUGGGCAUAACAGUGCUGCUGUCUCUGACAGUCUUCAUGUUACUGGUAGCUGAGAUCAUGCCUGCCACUUCAGACUCAGUUCCUCUAAUUGCUCAGUAUUUUGCAAGCACUAUGAUGAUUGUGGGCUUGUCGGUGGUGGUAACUGUUCUGGUUCUACAAUUCCACCACCAUGACCCCCAUGGAGGAAAAAUGCCUAAAUGGAUCCGAGUCUUUCUCCUCAACUGGUGUGCUUGGUUCCUCCGCAUGAAGAAGCCUGGAGAGGAAAGCAAAACUCCAGUGAGCUCAAGUAGCCCUCCUACAUAUAAGUAUUCCCAUUCUCCCCCUCACCACACCAGCACCAGCAGCAUUCAGAUGAGCACCAUACCGGGGCAGCCAUCCACCCAGUCAACGACAACCAAUGGAAAUAUGAACCUGUACUUUGGCUACCACUCGAUGGGCACAGACAACCCUGUGUUUCCACCUAGUGUUGAUUCAGGCGUGAUUGUGUGCGGUGGUGGCGGUGGAGCCGGAGGAAAUCACCAUAAUGGUACCUCCCAGCUUGACAUUCACUCAGACCAGACACGGACUUUGCUUUUGGAGCAGAUUCCAGAAAUUUGCCGGAUCCUGGAAGAAGUGCAGUACAUUGCAAAUCGCUUCCGAGAGCAGGACGAGGGGGAGGCGGUCUGCAGCGAGUGGAAAUUUGCAGCUGCAGUCGUGGACCGGUUAUGCCUGGUGGCCUUUUCACUCUUCUCCAUCAUCUGCACCUUCACCAUUCUUAUGUCAGCUCCCAAUUUCAUUGAAGCGGUGUCAAAAGACUUUACAUAAGGCUGCUCUCUACCCUCUCUGAGAGGUAAAAACUAACACAGUUAGACCUGCACCACACAGGUCUCUCUAGUACUUUUACGUGAAGACACACAAGCUCAAGUUAAUUUAGAGUUGUUGUCACCAUAGAUCAGUACCAAACCUUACCCUCUGUCAUUACAUGUUUGUCAGUAUAUAGCUGGGGGUGAUGUGUUUCUUCCCUGUCAAGGUUGCUCUUCUAGAUUACACCAUACAUACAGGUACAUAGGAGGUUGAAGCCACAUGUAGUAGUUAAUGAUGUAGAAAGUCACACUAACACACUUUUCUUCUGUAUCCCUGCUGCACCACAUCAUUUACUUCCAUCAUUUUAGCUUCACGUCUCAUCAGAAUUCACUUUUCCCCUUACAGCUUUUCAUUUCUGUUAAUUUUAGAAUUUACACACCCCGUCUUCCAUAUUCUUUAGAAAUGUCUUAGGUAAAAUUACUUCAACAGUUACAUAUAUAGUUGUGUGUUUUUGCAGGUGUCCAUUCUUGUAAUGCAUUUUUCCUUUGUAUUUUAUAAGUAAAUCCACACUUUACAGUGUAAUCUGGUUAAGGUGAAAUUGAAUCUUCUUUUUUCUUAACUGAGUUAGCAAAUUCAAUGAGAGCUACUGACAGUGACUGUAGAUUUCAUUUCUCCAAAACUACUGAUUAUCUCCAUUUUAUGAAUUAUGCCAGAUUUUGAAAUGUUGUUUUAAAAUGUCCAAAAAAAACCACCCAAUGCCCAUUAUAAUGUCCCACAGCUUGACUUGCUACUAAAUCUGACGCAUUACAACAAAGGCAAAUAAUUAUUUGAUGUCUUCAGUGUUACUCUUCCUUUGACAUAUGGAGCUAUUAGUUUGCUCCUUACUAAUAUAUUUAUUGACUUGUAAAUCAUUAUCACUAUUUGAUUUUCACUUUUUUAUUUAAACUGCAACUCAGACUUCUAUCAGUGUCCGUACAUGCUUAAUUGUUGCAUUUGCAGUUUUGCUCUUUUCAAGCCAGUUUAGUACAGUGUGAAGUUAUUCCAUAAACGAGGAUCUUUGCAUCCAUCCUUCGUGCUCAUACAGUUUAGUUUUGCUAGCAUAUGAUGUACUCUUUGUAAAUCACUCACAUUCCUUUACAAUGCAUUUAUAUUUUGAUAGUCAUUCCGUGUUCAUCUGACUUGUGUGCUAGUUACACAAUGUGUUGUUGUAUUCUGACACAAAUGCUCACAAUACAGAAAGACAAAAACGUAAUGACAGUAUUUUAAAAUGUAGUCCGAGAUGUGCAUUUGGCACUAAUCUUUUGUAGUGCAGAGUGCUUUGUGUUUUUACUCACUAAUGCUUAGUGAAAGGCAAACACUUUUCUUCUCUAAUCUCUAGCGACAACAUGCAACAAGGAUUACUGGGUGACCUGAUACAACAGACUUUUGUUAAACUUUGUCUCUUCUUACCCUGACUAUCCUCUCUGACUCUAGGCAGCAAAAGUCAUGAUUUUUUUUUCUUUUUAACACAGCCUUUUUCAACCUAGCACUUGGACAUUGUAAGUGGUGUUAAGUGGAGAAACUAAAGAAGAAUGAAGCAACACCAUACAGUAUACCAUGCAGCGAUUGCAGAAAUAGUCACUGAAAUAGAAUUCAUGCUGUUACUGUUAAUCAAUGCACCAAGUGCAGACAAAUAGCUGCCAACUGUUGUCGACCUUUUAUGCCACUUAAACACUGUAAACAGUUUGUUAUAUCCAUUAAUAGUAGACAUAGAGCCAAAGGUGAAGCCAAUGAAAUAUACAAGCAGUGUUGUCAAUGUUGCUUUGUCAAUACUUUUGUUCUAAUUUGAGCUGCAUUCAAAAAUCAACUUUUCUCUGUCCGAGGAUUUGAUGUUUUCAUCUGAUUUAAAGGUCACCAAACUGCUUUUUUUGACUAAAAUGUUGAGCUGGUAUGCAAGAUGCUAGUCUUGUCAUUUUUAAUUAAUAAUUAGUGCUCUGGAGUUGGCCUACAGUAAGCUAAUUACAUGCUGAUGGUAAUAAAAAUGUCUUGGCAAACUGAUUAAUAAUCCCCUCUGCUACUUAACUGACCAGAUUGAUAUCCCAGAAGUUUUAACUAACUUGAUGCUAUACUUUGAUUAAAAAGUGUUGCUUUAAUUUUUUGAGCAGUAUAUUUAACUGACAUAUUUCUGUCUAACUCAUAGAGAAACUAAUCCGUUUUCUACCUAGUUAAACAAUUCCAUUUGAUAUUGGUCAGUUCUCUAAUUGUGCACUGUGCCAGCAUAUUGUAAAUUGCACAAUAUGUGUGUUUAAACAGAAAGAUAUAAUCAUAGAUGAUCUGACAACAAAGCAUUUAUUGGGAAGGAACAUAUAAAUAUAAAUGUUUAUGCAGACAAAAGUAGGAAGGUGUCACAAAUCCAUCUCACCUGCUGUAUGUUGCAUAAUAAAUCAAGGAAUAAUGCAAACCAUUGUCCACUAACUUUGUGCAGACUGUGAACAUGGAGAUGCAAUAACUCACAUGAGGCAUGACAUGAAAAGUGUCUUCUGUGUGCAUUCGAUGAACUGUUGACUAAAAAUAUAAAUUCUUUGGGAGAUAACUUGAUCUAUUUCUACUGUUCGUAUUGAUCUCUAUUCAGCACACUUUCUUCACAUGAGAAGCAUUUAAUAUUACAAGUGUAUCUGAUGAAGAACAAUGGAAAAGCUCAAAUGAGGCAGGAUGUGAAACCAUAAUAUGAAAGACACUGUACAAUUCACAGUUCAGUAUGCUGAAGUUCAUCCUACACAGAAGACUCUAAUUGCAGUUUUUCUAAGGUUACAUUCUGUUGACUGAUUUUUGAAAAGUAUGCUUAAAUUUUCCAUGCUUUUUAAUUUAUCUGAUACUUUUAAUGUUUUUUAAACUGCCAGUGUUGUAUUUUGGUCAACUUGAGUGUCUUUUUCUAUGUAGUCUGUGCCUCUCUGCUCAGUAUGAUUCAGUCUCCUUUGAAUAAUGUAUAUAAAUGCUCACUGUACAUGAUUAUUUUGAGAAAAAUAAAAGGAGUGACUAAUAA